AUGGAUCUGCGCUUUACGUUUUCACAGAAAUGUUGUUUAUGUACUGGAAAGUCUAAAACUUUAAGCGCAAUUCAAAAACAAGCGGAACGAAAACACACGGUGGAAGGUGAUCGAGUCUUAAAUGUGGUGUUUUUGGACAACGAGGAGAACGAGUCUUCAGUGCCCGACAUUGGAUUUCUUAACAGGAGAUCGCAAGAUUUUAAAAUAGGAUAUUUAUCGUGGCUGGCAGGACUUACGGAGCAGAUAAACACUUCCCUUAAUCCUCGUUAACGUGGUAAGUGGCGAAUUUAAAAGGCACAAAGCCUAAUAUUACCUAACCAUUUUGCAUCGCUUUUAAUUUAGAUCUACGCGCUUGAAUAUUCCUGGUUAAAAGCCACCUGAGGUACUACCCAGUCAUCUUUUCAGUUGUGCGCACAGUCGUUACCCUUAAACUUUGCUAUUUUCUUUAGCAUUUAGUUUCUCAGUUUAGUAGCAAAGUACUUUGCGGGUCAUUAGCUAGCCUGCGUAGCAGGCGUUUCCGUUUAGUUUCGGAGUAAAAAAACCGAGGAAAGGGGAUUUUCGGUUUUGACCGCGCGAAAAAUGAAGAGAGCCAAAAAAUGAAAGAGGGGGAAGGGGGAGGGGAAGGAAGGAAACGCUUGCAGACAAACCCCUAGCCUGCGUAGCAUGGCGGCUUUGUCGAACAGGGCGCACGAGCGGCGAAGCCGCGAAAUUCGCGUACGAAGCGCGCGAGAACGAGCCCCAAUCUCCUCGCGGUUUCUCUGCCCUCGCCCGCCUUUAUUACUUAGCGCGCCCAACCAAAACCGCCAUGCUACGCAGGCUAACAAACCCCUCGAUUUUGAAAACCUACGUUCGCCAGCGAACGCAGCGCCUGAUUGGCUUGUCUAGUCGAACAAUGUUGAAAUGUGUCGAUAGGCUUGUUUCAUACUGAGAGGUCAUGUAUGGUACGUGACACGCAUCUUCCUGCAGUUGUUGUUUAUUCUGGUCGGCAAGAUUUACCUUCCAAUGCAAGAGCAUUUUCUUUAACUUCUCUUGAAACUCAAAGCUCUUCUUGCGACUAUAUAAGGGUUUCAAAUCGUUUAAUUUAUUGUUUAAAGUGUCCCCUGGAUCUGAAUAACUAAAAACGAUUUUCUUUUGUCAGGGAAUGGGAUGGUUUCCUACAAUGUUUUGUCAUGUUGGGCCUAGCUCGUAUGUGUUUUUUUUGUGGAAUGUUGAAUUCUCUCGGACAGUGAUUUACAGAUAAAACAAAAACUGAAGCUACAUCGACUAUGGAGAACUGAAUUGUGACUGAUUUAAAAUUGCUGCUUUGUUCUCCACACGAACGUCAUCAGUUGUCGGGUUAGCUUUGUUCUUAGAUGCUUUUACAAGAGCACUCUAGUUGUCUGCGCAGUGGCGAGAACGGUAAGCCGCUCUGUCUAGAUGAGCUUUGAACUGCAUUGAUCGUUCGAGUUCAUUGAGAUUUAUCAUUAACGCCGUCCACCCGUUCCAAAAUACAAAAAUAGUUAUUUUGGUUUCACACACGCGCCUCUAAGUUCAUUUCCGCUCCUCGGAAGGACAAACAUUUUAUUGGUCAAUUAUGACAGCUGAUGACAGCAUCAAAUGUCGUUGCGUGAACUCAGGCAUGACAGUCCAAGUGGGCGGUUUUUAAAAUCGAGGGGUUGGCCUGCAAGCGUUUCCUUCCUUUCUUCCCCACCCCUCCCCGCUCCUUUACUUGCGCCAUUUUUCUCGCGGUCUUUCACUCUUGUUCCUCGUUCUUCACUCCUAAACCGCACAGAAACGCUUGCUACGCGGGAUACAUUUAGCCGAUUCUCUCACUGGCACGAGCGCGCGUUACUCGAGUUUCGCUCGUUACACAAUGAUCCCGGCUACGGGAGAAGAGCGUUGCGUGACGAAACAGAACGACUGUGUGCGAAUGAAUGAAUAAAAUCUUUAUUUUACUUAGAAUGUCAGAUGAUCUCAGAAAGCUUAAAGUUACACUUCUCCUGUCAAAAAAAAUGUACUGAAGACCCAAUUUAAUUGUAGCUGGUUUUGUCUCCUUUCAUUUCUAGGUGGUUGGGUGACUUUACAAUUCGCACAAGUUCCUGAAAGGUACUUUGGGCACUUAGCUUGUCAAAUGGGAUGCAGGGUGCAUAGCAUGAGGGAGGUACCUCAUAAUAAGCCUUCAUUUUACUGCCCAUCAACAAGGCGAGUUUCCUAUAAAGUGUAUAGCCUCACUUCAUUUACUGAUGCAUUGCAUGAACAAACCCUCCUUAAACUAAAUGAUACGGCCUGGUACAGUGACCUACAGGAAGUGGAGAAAAGAUCUGACCUUAGCAAUCAGGAGGAGCUCCAGGCUGCCAAGAACCGUAGUUUUUGGAGCACUGUCAGAAAUGAGGAGUCGUCAGAGGAUCUAUUAACCAAACGUCUAACAGCUAAAGCAAGUUUGGAGGUGGGUCCAAGACAAGGACGGACCACUAGGGAGGUAGAG